AAUACAGUCUGUUGUCAGGCGCAAGAAUGCCUCAAUGCGCUAGACACGAAUCACCGGGAAGGGGUUGAGCCAUCUGCCAGUGCAGGGAUGAAGUCCACGAGGGCCGUGGUCUUUGAUGUCGGGAGCGGCUCUGUCAGAGCGGGCCUUGCGGGAGACCCUGCCCCGUCGUAUGUCAUUCCGAGUAGGGUGAAAAUGACGCGCCACGGCUCCUCCGCGUGCCCCAGGUCGAGUUUCGUAGGGGCGGCCACGGGAGUGGACGCUCCCGCAGUGUUCCCCGUGCGCAACGGGAUCAUCACGGACUGGGAUGCUAUGGAGUGGAUGUGGGAGCGCGCAUUCCGCGAGCUGAACACUCCGCCGGAGAGGCACGCCGUUUUGCUCUCGGAUCCUCCCCUGAGUCCCCUCACAAACCGGGAAAAGCUCGCGGAGGUCAUGUUCGAAACUUUUUGCGUUCCCGCCCUGUACGUAGAAAACCAGUCGGUGCUCUCCAUGUACUCUUGUGGUCAAACCUCAGGGCUGGUCGUGGAGAGCGGCGAGGGAUGCUCCUACGCGACACCGGUUCACGAGGGCUUUUAUCUACCCAGUAAUACCUGUCGGGUGGACUACUCAGGAAGCAGCUUGGAUCGGUAUUUGCGCGCGCUGUUGCGGGACUCUGGGAUAGAGAUAGCUGAAGAUUCUGCAGCCGCCACAGAAGACAUUAAGGUGAAAUGUUGUUACGUCGCUCCCGACCUGGACAUGGAACUCCUCAAAGGUGAGAGUCACGUCGAGCACGUGCUGCCAGACGGCCAGCGCAUCCAACUCGGACGCGAGCGGUUCAUCUGCCCCGAGGCGCUCUUCCAGCCUAGAGCGUUGGACUCGCGGGAGCCCGGGCUGCACACGCUCGUAAUGAACAGCCUGAACAUGUGCGACAUCAGCCUCAAACGCGUGCUGCGCCAGAACGUGUUGCUGUGCGGCGGGUCCACACUCUUCCGCGGGAUGCCAGAGCGAAUGCAGAGAGAGCUAGACCGCGUGGUUCCCGGUGGUGGGGUGCGCGUGGUGGCCACAGACACUCGCAAACAUGCGGUGUGGCUCGGAGGUUCCAUCCUCGCGGCCCUGUCCACGUUCCAGUCACUGUGGAUGCGCAGGACCGAGUAUCUGGAGAAAGGCCCAAACGCGGUCUACCGGGGAUUUGUGUGAACAUAUGACAUGAGUAAACAUCCUAAACACCA